AUGAAGACAUCAAUAUUCGCCCUGUCGGUCUUCACGACGGCCCUCGUGUCUGCCUCUCCCUCUGGUCCCCGUAGUGACUAUGCCUGGUCUCCAGCACUAGCUGGCUACUACCAGAAGGUUGCCCUUCAUAUUCAAGAAGCAAAAGAGGCUGGAGCACCUUCAGCAUGCGAUUUGGCUGGGGCAGCUCCGCCACCAGCGCCUACACCUCUGCCUACACCAGACGGUCUGAUACUUGCUCACGUUGUCGUUGGACGUGGCGUCCAGAACUACACAUGCGCAGAGAGCUCGCCAGACGUCAAGCCUGUGGCAGCUGGCGCUCUAGCCAACCUCUACAACGCCUCCUGCAUGGCCGCCUCCUUCCCGGACCUGCUCGCCUUGAUGCCAGACCUCGCCCUCCAAUACCCACUCUCCAACCCAGGCAUCGCCAACCCCGAGGGCGACGCUGACGCCUCCACCCUCCUAUCCAGCUACACCAACCUGCAGCCCUCUGACAUCGCACUCUCCGGCCAUCACUUCUUCAGCAAUAAGACGCCCGUCUUCGAGCUCAAUUCCAGCCCGGAUGGCGCCGCGCGCAGUCUCGGUAUCAUUCAAGGCAAGGCCAACGCCAACUCGACCGCGCCGGCGGGUUCCUGCCCCGGCGUCGACUGGAAAGGCGACGGUGCCGUGCCCUGGCUGUUCUUGGAUGCUACGCCCAACAGCCAGACCACCGACAUCAGGUUCGACGGCGUCAAUCCCCAGGCGCCCGCCGGAACGGAAGAGUGGAAACACGUCUACCGCGUCAACACUGCUGGAGGCUCGCCGCCCAAGACUUGUGAGGGCAUCGAGGCCGGUGCGGAGUUCAGCGUGCAGUACGCUGCCAACUACUGGUACUACAAAGGUCCCUGA